GCGAGCGAUUACUGCAGGUUUGCGAAAGAGAGAAGAAUCAGGUGUUGGAGACGUACAGGGAAAAAUAGAUUUCAACGAUUAUCUUUUAGUAGUUCUGAUAACAUGCUGGCCUUUUUAAGUUAACGGACACAUAGCUGCUAGAAGUCCAUGAUUUUUUAAAUCAUAUCAGGAAAGAGAGAAAAUCAACCCUUUCCACGCUUGGACAGAACACGUGGUGAAACUGCGCAGCAUGGUCAAGCCAAGCUCUCCAAAGAAAACAUUCAGUAAAGGUGUAAAGAUCACCUCAGCCUUGACUGUUGAAAGCGACGAUGAAGAUGAAGACCUUUUCAUUAACGAACAAGCCAUCAGUGCCAGUGAAGAUGAGGAGGGCAGUGAUGAUGAGAGAAAACACAAGAAACUGCUGGAAGCCAUCGGUUCUAUUUGUGGAAAUAAGAGGAAAAGGCAGAAUGAGCGUUCUGAAGCCAGUGUGCAGGUCUCGGAGUUCUUUGUCAAUGCAGACGGUACGGGAGAGAAUGUCAACCUUUCUGACCUCCUGGGAACCGUGGAGAAGACAUCAGGAGCCUCAAACAAGACCAAGAAACAGCUGAGGAGCCUGCAAAACAGUAAAGGGACUUUGGAGUUACCGCUCAACAAACAGGAAACGGAGAAGAUUCAGAGAAGCAUAGCGUAUGAGAAGACCACUAAUGAAGUGUCUCAAUGGAAGAGCAUCGUAGUGCAGAACCAGAAGGCCGAACAAAUAGUGUUUCCUCUGAAUCAGGAGUCCUCAGGACCUAAACGCAUGGAGCAGGUCGUGGCGGGAUGGAAGUCUCAAACUCCUCUUGAACAAGAGAUUUUCAGGCUCUUGCGCAACAACAGCCAGCCAGUCAAUGACCCCGUUUUGACUCAUGUGGAGGAGGAAUCGCUUAAAGCCAUGAGCCUGGAGGAGGCUAAGAUUCGCCGUGCUGAGCUUCAAAAGACAAGAGCGCUUCAAUCAUACUAUGAGGCAAAAGCCAAAAGAGAAAAGAGUAUCAAGAGUAAAAAGUACCACAAGAUUCAGAAGAAAGCCAGGCGUAAAGACUUUCUGAAGAACUUUGAGGAAAUGGUAAAGACGAAUCCUGAAGGUGCUCUGGAAGAGCUAAAAAAGAUGGAACUGUCCAGGAUGCAGGAGAGAAUGUCUCUAAAGCAUCAGAACAGUGGCAAGUGGGCCAAAGCAAAAGCCAUAAUGGCAAAAUACGAUGAUUCGGCACGAAAAGCAAUGCAGGAGCAGUUGCAGAUGAAUAAAGAUCUUACCCAGAAGAUUGUGGUGCUUUCUGACGACGAACAUGAAAGUAAUGAGGAAGCACUGGAGACAGUACCUGACUUUGUGAACGACCCUGAACCAAUUAUUGACUCUGUCAAUCCCUGGAUGAGAGGCAAACUUACACACGAAGAACCUGAGGUCAGCUGUGUCACAACUGAGGAACCUCAAACAGAAGAACAGGAGAAUGAGGAGGAGGAACUAAUUGAAGAAUUUGAGAGGAAGAGGAAGCUGAGGCAAGCUGAUGAAGAGGACUUGAUUCCUACCGAAGAACAGAGUAAGACAGCAGAACCUGAAAGCGAGGUAGUUGAAGAAAAUGUGGUUGAAGUAUCUGAUGAGGAGGAGGAGGAGGAGGAGGAUGAAGAAGAGGAGGACGUUUCUGAGUUUAACACCCUUUUCAGGCUCAUGAGAAGUGAGAAGACACAUGAAGGUCCAAAGCAGACACCACGAGAGUUAAACACAGGCGUGCAAGAGGAUAAAGAGGACUUUUUGAAUGAAGGACAGACUCGACUCAGGAGUAUAGAGGACCUGGAGGUUUUGGCUGAAGAUGUUGACCCCCAUCCCACUGCAGCACCGUCACUGCCACAGACAGCUGUUGGGGAGGCCACUUCUGAACCACCUAUCAAAAAAAGAAGAGAAAUCGACCUUAAAGAAGUACUCACCAAAGAUGCCAAAGCUGUCAAAAUUCCACUUUUGCCAACAGUGGUUGAAGAGGAAGGUCAUGAUGAACAGAUCUCCAUCAUCAAGGAGGCCUUUGCUGGGGACGAUGUCGUUUCUGAUUUCAUAAAGGACAAAAAGAAAGAAGAAGAUGAUGGGAAGCCUAAAGUGGUGGACCUGACAUUGCCAGGCUGGGGAGAAUGGGGAGGUGUUGGUCUCAAACCCUCCCCCUGGAAACGCAAAAGAUUCAUGAUAAAAACAGCCCCGUUACCUCCACGGAAAGACCGGAAACUGCCUGAUACCAUCAUAUCAGAGACCAGAGAUGCAUCAGUCGCUGCCCAUCAGGUUGGUCAAGUGCCAUUCCCCUUUCAAAACACUGCACAGUUUGAAUCUUGCAUCCGUACCCCCAUUGGCUCGACGUGGAACACACAAGGGGUCGUGAAGAAGAUGACAAAACCAAAAGUUGUCACUACAUUGGGAGCGAUCAUCGAGCCUAUGGUCAAAGAGGACUUCAUAAAGAAUAAGACCACAACGUCAGCUGAUAAAGGACCGGCGAUCACGUUGGGAGAAAACAAAAGGGCGAAUAAGCGCAGACAAAGCAUCAAGGAAAAAGCAUCAGCAAAGCAUCAAGGAAAAAGAGAAAAAGGAAAAGACCAGAAGAGAAAAAAACAACAGACUUGAAAGGUUGUGUGAGUGCAUAAAUAAUUUAAUUUGUGAGGUAAAGUGUUUCCAGGAGACAUAUCUGUGAUCAGUUGAACUUCUUGUGAUGCUUAUCAUGGCCACAUACAUGUAAUAGUAUUCCUCAGAACGCCUAUUAGUAACAACAGUUUUUUUUUCUCUGUUUUGCCGCUUUGAAAUAAAUACUUUUUUAAAGCACAA